GUCACUCACUCAGGCGGCAGAACAGACGGCAGCAGCAGCAGCAGCAGCAGCAGCAGCAGCAGACCCUGCACAGACGCUAAUCCUGGUGGCGCACCCCACCCGAAAGCCUCCCCCGCUGCACAACAGAAGCCAACACAACCCGGGAAACGGAGCGUACCGGACCCACCUGUGCAAAUGGACGUACAACUUGGAUAAUUUCAAGCGGAGGAGAAAGAGGAGGAGGAGGAGGGAGCAAGGAGAACCUUGAGCAUCAUGAAGAAGAUGAGGGUGUCGGUGAUGUAGCAGGUGCUGCAGCCUGGUGCCGCAUUGCUUGCUUGGCCUCCUCCGUGGGGGGAGAAGGUGAUGUCGUCAUCUCACACACGCACGCGCACGCACGCGUACGUACAUACGGUUCUGACAUGGCGCCAAGCAGCAGCAGCAGCAGCAUCUCAGAAAUGUUGGACGUUUGGCGGUAACCGGCACACACGCGUUCAGGCCGGCGUCCCGUGAGUCAAAAAAUCGAUUGGAAUUGAUGUGACUGCUGGUCUGCGAAUCACUGAACGGUCUUGGAUGAAAAUAUAGAGCGGGCGCAAAAGCAGCUACAGCGAACAGCUGCAUGUUGGCGGCUCGGUAUUCAUGGCAGAUUCGCCUAUUUGAGGAUUUUGGGCGAAGCUCCCCUCCGUUAUUUGCUAAAAACGUGAACUGUUUUUGUGCUUAGGCCAAAGCAGUAAAAGGAUUACUUUGGGGCCUUCUUGUGGCAUGUCGCUACCCGGGAGCUAUGUUGAAACGAGUCGAAGAGUUUCAUUUAGACAAAUAAAAUGCUUUUCUGCCAUCUAAUAACAUCUUGGCACCAAGGAACUAUGUUGAAGUGAGUCGAGGAGUUUCAUUUAGACCAAAUAGUACUUUGACGCCAUCUAUUGACAUCUUGGUGCCUAGUCGAGGCGUGUCAUUUGCUUCAGGCGUCAUUUUAUGCUGUAAAAAUAAACCUGCCUUGUAGGACCUGCAGAAGAAGAAGAGUCUCGGGGAGGGAAUAUCGCGACCGGGCUCCCGCUGAGAUGACUCACCUGCAGGCCGGCUUGUCGGCGGCCACCCUGGAGAAGGCCAAAGCGGAACUGAAGGAAAACCCGGAGACGCUCCACCAGGACAUCCAAGAGGUGCGCGACAUGAUCAUCACCCGGCCGGACAUCGGCUUCCUGCGCACGGACGACGCCUUCAUCCUCAGGUUCCUGCGGGCCAGGAAGUUUAAUCACUUUGAGGCCUUCAGAUUGCUGGCCCAGUACUUUGAGUACAGACAGCAGAACCUGGACAUGUUCAAGAACCUGAAGGCCACCGACCCCGGAAUUAAGCAGGCGCUCAAGGACGGAUUCCCCGGCGUGCUGGCCAACCUGGACCGGCACGGGAGGAAGAUCUUGCUCCUCUUCGCCGCCAACUGGGACCAGAGCAGGUACAUGUUUGUGGACAUCCUGAGGUCCAUCCUGCUGUCCUUGGAGUCCAUGAUCGAGGACGCCGAGCUGCAGGUGAACGGCUUCAUCCUGGUCAUCGACUGGAGCAACUUCACCUUCAAGCAAGCCUCCAAGCUCACGCCCAGCAUGCUCAGGCUCGCCAUCGAGGGGCUGCAGGACAGUUUUCCCGCGCGCUUUGGAGGAAUCCACUUUGUGAACCAGCCAUGGUACAUCCACGCCCUCUACACCGUCAUCAGGCCCUUCCUUAAGGACAAGACCAGGAAGCGGAUCUUCAUGCACGGCAACAACCUGACCAGCCUCCACCAGCUGCUGCAUCCGGAGAUCCUGCCGUCAGAGCUGGGCGGGAUGAUGCCGCCGUACGACAUGGGCACCUGGGCCAGGGCCCUGCUGGAGCACGCCUACGACGAGGACCCCGAAACGGACGCGGGACCUGACGGAGGACCGGAGGCCUACGCGGUCUCUGUGCAGGACCUGCACAGAGAUCUGGACAAAGACCUCUCGCCAAAAAACAUGAAGAGGUCCCAGUCGGUGGUGGAGCCCGGCGUCCUAAAGCGACCUGACAAGGCCAAACGCGACGAGGACAACAUGCAACCGCUGCUCUCGCUGGACUAAAAACAAACUGAGAAAAAAAAAGCCACUCGGAACCUUCCGGAAAUCCCUUGCGAGCGUCUCUGUGUGGAAUGCCUCAGAGAGAGAUUUCUUCUACUUCCGACUUCCUGGUGGACUUCUGUGUUUCCUUGUCAAGUGCCAUGUCCGCCAAAGUCCGACUUGGACUUAAGAUUGAUUGUCUUCGAACGAUUCCCGCACCCAAUCGGCCCCGCAAGCGACGGGACAAACGGACAUUUGGACGCGAGCUUUUCUGACAUCUUUGGAACCGGGAGCGCGACGGCUCUGGACGAGUAAGAUGGACGUCGAGACGGACCGGCAAACCUCCCUUUAUGGAAAAAAACUAAUGACCAAUAUUUUGGUUUGCUUCUGAUCAAUAACUCUCAUAACAUCAACCUCCAUUUUGAUUUUUGAUGACAGCAACCUCUAGCAGACAACGUCACAUGACCCAAAUACUGUAUGUCAUCAGUGUUUAUAUCCCGCCAUAUUGAUUAACUACUAAAUCAUUAACAACAAAAGUAUUACUAAUAGUAAUAAUUAUCCAUUAGACUGAAAGUAUGUUUUUUUUCUUUUAGCAUUAGCACCAAAGCUAGUUACUGCUGUGACGCUAAAUCAAACUAAAAUGUAGAACAUACUCCUUGUACAUUAUGAACAUCUUAUUUGUGAUUUCUUUGUAGUUUUAAUCCAGUCCAAAAUGCUAGCGUCCGUACCGUCGCACGUGCUAGCUAUGCAAAGCUAAGAUAGCUAUGCGAAAAAGUCCAAAUGGCAUCUACGCGCAAAAUUUUGAAUAAACAAAGAUAAAAUGUUGCACGUACAUACAUUAUGAAGAUAUUCAUGAUAUUUUCUAGUUUUAAUGCAGAUUAAAUCACUUGGCAGACGUACCGCAAAAAAACGAUUCAAAUGUAGCUCAACGAAAAAGUCUAAAUACCAUCUACAUGUACAAUUAUGGAAAAAACACAGCUAGAAUCUUGUAACUACUACUCGUACUUCAUAAUUAUCCAUCCACCCAUUUAUUUGGGAUACCUUUAUAAAAAUCCUGCUGAAAUUAUACAUAAAUUCUAAAAUUGCUUUUAAGCUAAACUAAACCAACACUCAAAUGGUAAUCUAUGUUCCAUGGCUAUUAAUAGCGCAACAGAAAAAGUCCCAAGUCCAUCCAUCCAUCCAUUUUCUGAGCCGCUUCUCCUCACAAGGGUCGCGGGAAUGCUGGAGCCUAUCCCAGCUAUCAUCGGGCAGGAUGGCGGGGUACACCCUGAACCGGUUGUCAGCCGAUUGCAGGGCACACAUAAACAAACAACCAUUCGCACCUACGGCAAUUUGGAGUCUCCAAUUAACCUACCGGAGUGUCCGGAGAAAACCCCUGCAGGCACGGCGGAGAACAUGCAAACUCCACACAGGCAGGGCCGGGAUUUGAACCCCGGUCCUCAGAACUGUGAGGCAGACGCUCCAACCAGUCGUCCAACGUGCCGCUAAGUCCCAAGUCUAAAAUUCUAAAUAAAUGCACCUAAAAUGUAGUACGUGCUCGUACAUCAUAAACAAAGCACUUAUGUACUCUUUGUGUUUUUGUCGAGGAAAAAAAAUGUGCCGUACCGUAAAGUUCGGUGGCGCGUGCUCGCUAAAGUGACAAAUUCGGAAUGGCGUUUGUGCGUACAAAUUCUAAAUUUUGCCUAGCAACUGUUCAGUUUUGCGAGUGCUUUUGUCAAUGGAGUGAUGCUAGCAGCUAAUUAAGUUUUGAAGCUAACUAACCCACUAGGCUAAGUUAACGAUUUCUUUAAUGUACAUAAAACAUCUGGUAAAAAUCUCAAAUAGGAGCUUGUUUUAGUUCUACAAUAUUUUACACGCUGAAAUCAGUAUAUUUAGUUUUGUAAAUUCUAGCAUCAGCCGCUAACAUAGCGCCCUCUAGCUAGCCUACAUGUUAGCGUAAUUUCCACAUUUCCUAACCAAUUCCAGCUAUUCAAAUGUCAAAAUAUUGACAAAAUCCAUGACCAUUUUUACACAGUGCAAAAAUUACCACCUUUCCCAAAAAUUCCACAUUUCCCAUGUAAAUAAUUCCCAUUCAAAUGAAUAGAAACAUUUUCCAAAUUUAACGCAUCAUUCCAUAUUUAGCUACGUAUUCAACUGAUUCAAACCAUUCCAACUAAAAACUCUUCAGCUCAUUUAGGACAUUUUUUAACAUUCCCAAAAUGUUCACAUUUUUAGUAUUCUACAUUUUCCAUGACAACAUUCACUAAUCAAUGCAGAUAUUUUACAUCACGUCAUUUGAAUUUAGCUUCUUUUUUUUUUCUCAAUUCCACAUUUCAGUCCAGUGUCAGCUCUUCAGCGUUUACACAGAAUUUCUACAAAAACUGCACAUUCUAGUUUCUAGUCAUCUUUCAUCCGAAACAAAUAAAAAUUAAAUGUAUGUAUGUAAAGAAAGACAGGAAACACACUUUUAUUCCAAAUGAAAACACUUUAUCACCUCACAGUGACUAUUAUUUAUUUACUUGCAGUAUUUGACACAAGUGUUUGUUUAAGAAAUGUAAUGACAAUUAUUUGAAUAGUUCAGCAUUUCGAAUGUUCUCUGUGACAUUGUCCAUUCACAGUAGUAUUAAAAUGGUUGUUUUUUUUAAAUCAUUUGCUGCAACAAACCAGCAUCGUCGGCAGCUAUUUUGUUCUACAUCUGACUUAAGUGAGUCACUUUUUUUUUUUUUGCUGUAGAACAAAAACAAUUUUGGGGAACAACUAGCGUUCAUUUAAAUGACAUUAUUUUAUUUUUUUAUGUCUUACACAUGCACAGGAAAUCAUCGGAAUUGUGAUUGUUUAUAGACACGAGCAAAUCAUAUUUACACACACUUUUUAUUUGUCUUUUAAUAGUCUUGACAGAGAUAAUAAUGCUCACUUUUGCUUGACACGUGUCAAGAAAUUAAAAUAUUAGAAAUGUAUAAAAGUACUUUUACAAGCACAACAACAAUAAUGAUAAGCAUAUUGUUAAAUUAUUAUCUCUCUGACAGUGUCAAUCAAAAGUCAGCGUUAAUAUUUCCGUAUUGGAUGUCAGCUGACAGUGUACCUAAUGAAAUGGCCGGCAGGGACCAACUGUCAUAAUGAUAUUUAUGUCAUUAUGAGCUAUUGCAGUUAUUAUUGUUCACUGUGUGUCAUAUAUUAUUUUGUUGUAAAAGCUGCAUGCAGCCAUUAAGUGUUAUUAUUAUGAUUAUGAUUAAUAUUCUGCACUGACAUAAUGUUUGUUUAUCUCUGCCAAAGUCAACAAACAGGUUAUGUAUUUUUUUUAAUUUUUUUUUUUAAAUAAUCCUGAGGUGUUUGAGCUUUUAGGAUUCAGAAUGACGCUUUAUUUUAUCCAUCCGCUUAUCGUCACUGGGGCUGCGAAUGAGUUGGAGCCUAUCCCAGCUGACUUUGAGCGAGCGGCGAGGUACACCCUCAAAACUGGUUGCCAGCCAAUCGCAGGGCAAGUAUAGAAAAAAAACACGCUGUUCACACUCGCGUUCACAACUACAGACAAUUUCACGUCAGAUCAAAGCAAAGCGACGUCCGGUGAGCUAGCGUUAGCGCCGUGUUCAAGUGUGUUGAAAAAUUGUCGAGGUGUAAAAAUAAAGGUGGACGCACUUUGUCACACACUGCCUCAAUUUCAACUCUUUUUUAAAAAAAGAUGAUGGUCACUGUAUUUCCUUAAUAAUGAAGAAAUGAAAUACCUAAUUGAUUUGAGCUGUGUUGCUAACCAAAAGAGCAGCACCUCUCCAGGAUUGUGACACGAUUUAGACUCCACUUUUAUACAAUUAUUACUAUUAUUACUAUAGCUAUUGUAUAUUUUACCCCAAAAUAAAUGUACAACAAGAAUGUCUCCUCUCGUCUGCAGUUGAGUAAUGUGGAAAUAGUGGCACCAAUAAAAUCUUUUGUUCAUUGUUUACUAAUCGUACUUGUUAAAUGGGAGUACAUAAUUGACAUGCUAUUUCAUAAAAUUAAUAUUAGCAGUACUGUAUUAUUUUUUAUAUGACAAUAAUGUUAUAAUUGUUGAAAGAAAGGAUUAAAACUGAAAACGUACGUACUAGUUUCAUAAUACAAAAAAAAAAACAGUAGUUUAUAUACGAAUGAUGUGAUAACCGAACAAAUAUUCCACUCAUGUGUCAAUACUUAUGGUUUUAUUAUAAUUAAUAAAUAUUGUUUGAUCUUGUUUUCCCUGUUAGUGAUGAAAAAUCAAAUGUUAUAAUUUAUUUUGUAAUAUGAACUUUUGCUGCCUCUUUUUUUCCCCUUAUUAAAGUUGACCAACAUUGUCAGGUGUACUGAAUUAUGAUUAUUAUGAUUCAUAUUUAAGGAACAUGAACUUGUGCAACAACCUGC